CGACGCCAAUUGAGUGCAGCCAAGCCGCCAAUCGCCCCAGGACCACGGUUCGCCCACGAUGCGCACAGCCGUCCUCUACCCCUUCUUCUGCGCGCUCGCGGGCCUGGCGCUCGCCCACGACGCCCGGACAGGCUCCCACUUGCAGAAGCCCAUGGUCGACGAGAACGCCGACUGGAUGACCAAACACAUGGCCGAGGAGCACCACAUGUCUAGCUGGGACGCCGACUCCUUCUUCACCCUCCACGACUACAACGCCGACGACGUCUGGCAGGCCGACGAGCUGCUGCGCACCUACGGGCUGUUCGACCAGUCCAACAAGGACGUCUCGGGCGACCGCCGCGACCAGAUUACGCGCGAGCUACUACACAUACUCGACACGGACAAGGACGGCGACGUCAGCCGCGCCGAGUGGAAGGCCUUUGCCGCCAAGGGCCACACCCUGCCCGACAUGGGCACGGGGCCCGGCCACCACGGCGACGACGAGUACGAGUACGAGAUCCAUCACUGGGAAAAGUACCACGACGAGAAUACGAAGCUCGAGGACCUGACGCACCCCGAGGACAUUGAGCACUUCAAGCACCACGAGGAGAUGGAGCGCGCGCAAGAGGAGCAGGAGGCCAUGGACAAGAAGGCCAUCGUUGAGGAGAAUAUCCCCCUCAAGUUCCGCAGGCAACACUAGAUGGGGCAUCAGCAAAGAAAUGGGUACAGACAGAUGGGUCGUCAUUGGCGUUGCAGGACUGGCGCAGGACGGCAUGUGUUGGGGGGGCGCGAGGCUUGAUGCCGUGUACAUAGAUGCCCCUUGUAUCAUCGUGGCAUGUACGUUUAGACCCUGGUUAUAUGCACAUCAAAGACACAGUGCCAUACGCCAGGUGCAAACGUCUUGACCAGC